GGCCCCAACGGCGCCCAGGGUCCCCCGGGACUACAGGGAAUGCCCGGUGAGAGAGGAGCAGCCGGCAUCGCCGGUCCCAAGGGAGACAGGGGAGACGUCGGAGAGAAGGGUCCUGAGGGAGCCCCCGGAAAGGACGGCGCACGCGGUCUGACGGGUCCCAUCGGUCCCCCCGGCCCUGCCGGCCCCAACGGAGACUACUGGAUCGACCCGAACCAGGGCUGCACCUUGGACGCCAUCAAAGUUUUCUGCAACAUGGAGACGGGCGAGACCUGCGUCUACCCCAACCCCAGCAGCAUCCCCAAGAAGAACUGGUGGACCAGCAAGACCAAAGACAAGAAGCACGUCUGGUUCGCAGAGACCAUUAACGGCGGUUUCCACUUUAGCUACGGCGAUGAAGACCUGGCUCCCAACACCGCCAACAUCCAGAUGACCUUCCUCCGCCUCCUGUCCACCGAAGGCUCCCAGAACGUCACUUACCACUGCAAGAACAGCAUCGCCUACAUGGACGAGGAGACGGGCAACCUGAAGAAAGCCGUCCUCAUCCAGGGAUCCAACGACGUGGAGAUCAGAGCCGAGGGCAACAGCAGGUUCACGUACAGCGUCUUGGAGGACGGCUGCACGAAACACACUGGCAAAUGGGGCAAGACGGUCAUCGAGUACCGGUCGCAGAAGACCUCGCGCCUGCCCAUUGUAGAUAUUGCACCUAUGGACAUUGGUGGAGCCGAGCAGGAGUUUGGCGUGGAUAUCGGCCCAGUCUGCUUCUUGUAA